UCCUCUGGUAUACAAACUGAUGAGGUGUGCUAUGGCAGGAGGUGGCAGUUUCCAUCUAAUUAUAUACCCUUACGUUAUACUGGACCGAUAUACUUUACUGAAAGUAAUACGGAAUCCAAAAAAGUUGUUAUAAAUUAUGGGAUGGCAAUAGACGCACGCUUCAGAGUCUUUCCUGGCUCAAUUUAUCUUACAGAUGUAGAAAAAAGAGAUGAAGGAAUUUAUUCUGUCUCAUCUGGUGGCUACCAGCGACAAGAUGUUGUUGAACUGAAAGUCUUGGAAUGUGCUGAAAAUGUCACAAGGGAUUACUACGAUACUUGGGAGUACUCUAUCCCUAGACGGGCUGAAAUCCUGGAGUUUACUCCCCUUCACAGUCCGGACCAGCCAAAGAUCCUGUGGAAUCGCACAGACUCUCAGAUCAGAGAAAGCAGAGCUGAGGUGAAAAACGGUAAUUGGCAGCUGUCUUACCUCACUCAGGCAGACAGUGGGUACUACAACUUCAGGGAUAAGAACCACUCUGUGUUGGCCAAGGUGCUGCUCAAAGUACAAGGUCAGUCACUAACAGAACAAACCAGACACUAUGAAACAAGGUGGAAUGAGCACAUUCUCAUUGAAUACCCUCGGGGUCCUAAGAAGUGGACCAUGACUUUUACACCUGAGGGCCAAAUGAAUCCCGAAACACUGAUGAAUGGCAGUCUGAUCAUAAAAGAUAAUCGCUUUUCUGGCAGAAUUCGUGCAGUGAUGGAUGGCAUAAUUAUAAAUUCUACAGAAAUUAGAGACUCUGGCACCUUUGAGUUCAGAGACCCAGAAGGCAACCUGAUCUUGAGGGCUCAGCUUGAAGUGAGCCCUGGUAAGCAACAGAGCAUUUCUCCUCAUAGAGUAGAAUUUAUAUUUAUGGCUGUUAUUGCCUUGAUUGUCGUCGGAAACAUCUGCUGUUGCUGUUGUUACAAAAAGUGCUGUAAAAGGGACAAGUCUGCUCCUCAGACUGCAGCCUCACCUGCACCUGCCGUAUAUGGUCAUAUUGAGAAUCAACCUGCGUGCCCAAGUUACUCACAUCCUUCAGCUUUGUCUUAUCAGCCUGUGAAUCCUCAUAUUUCUACACAACCUUCAGCUACCUCCUCUGAGCCACCGAUGCACCACAAAGUGAAUAUCCAUGAGAACCCUGCUCAGCCUGAGACAGUCAUGGAUGGCAUAGAAAUGAAUGCUGUAGAAGCAAUAGACUCUGGCACCUUGGAGUUCAGACACCCAGAAGGCGACCUGGCCUUGAGUGGACAGCUUGAAGCGAAUCGAGGCCUUGCAAAUGUUGAAAAUUAUGAAGUGGAGUAUGGAAACAGAUUCAGGAUGAGGGUGUCAAGAAGGGUUCACUUUAUCGAGUUCAUCCCCAAGAACAAAUCAGAAGGGACGAUCUUGUGGGAACGUGACGAAGAUCAGCCCAAAGAGGGCAGUAGAUGGAAGAUGACUGAGACCUCAUAUACCAUCAGUUCUUUAGCCCAAAAAGACAGUGGCCGCUACAUAUUCAAAGACAACCAUGGGGAAUUGAUGCAUGCGAAGAUCAUUGACGUAAAAGAGGUCACAAAGAGCUAUACCCUGGAGACUAAUGAAGUCCUGGACGUCACUUUUGAUCUGGAACCGCACUCCUGCAACAUUUACUUCUUCCCUGGUGAAAACAGUAAGACUGCAAUAGUCCUUAAGGGCAGGCUGCAGCAUGAUCUGAAACAAGUGGAUUGCGUGGGGUUUGAGCUUUUAAAGCCAUGUGGGAUUGUACACAGGGCCAUCCAAAAGACAUGCAGGGGACGGUUUGAAGUCAGAGAUGAUAAUGAUGACAAAGCCUUGGUAGUGUUCCUGGAAAUGGAAGAGCCACAGUUCAGUCAGGCUUACCUCGGUAUUGGUGGUGGUGCGUUGUUCUUCACACUGUGCUGGUGUUGCUGCAAGUACUGCUGUUGUGGUGAGAGCUCCUCAGCAAAGGACAACUCAGAAGAAGCUGCAGAGAAUGAUAGCGAGCCUGCUGUGUAUUACCAUGAGUUUGAGCCUGUGGGUCCGGGAUCAAACCAGCGCUGUGAACUCUCUAAUCCACCCAACACUGAUGAGGCUCCUGAUGCUCCAGUUGACCCGCUGAUACACAGUUCUGCUGCUAUGGAGGCUCCACCUGCUUAUUGUGAGGUUACACCGCCGGCGAAGCAGGAAGAGGCUCCAACCAUCACUCCCACCUCCGACCCUGAGCCACGGUUUGAAUUGAAGGGGACAAUUUUCAAUUCUGGUCCGCCACUCAGCUCAGCCUCAACGUACUGUGAUGUUUAUACCUCAGAAAAAUUCAACUUCUUCUAAAAGUCUUGAUUUUGAACUGUGUUCUUUAGUAUGGUGACGAAGGGAUAAUUUGACAUUUCAGGGAAUAGGAUUGCCUGACAUCUUUGAGCCAAGAAAAAAAAAUUGUUUUGUAACCACUGGUAAAUUUACAAAUUUAUGUUUCUACAGAUAGUUUUUUAUGGAUAAAAAAAACCUUUAGAACCAAAAACAUUUUGAAGCUUGUGUCUUCACUGCUGCCUGCUGUGGUUCCAUAUUUAUCAAGGAGAAAGAAAAUAUGUGUUUUCAGAUCUUCCUCUGUCUUUUUGUUUUUUAUGUUGUGAUUUUUAAGGGAUACUGCACAUUAAUUAACACUACUGUAAAUAAAUUUUUCUGUUCUCUAUAGUUCUGUCAGGAAUACGUUCUGCAUUACAGACCACUGUGAAUGUGAUAUUUUCAGGGAUGAUAUAUGUAGUAGACACGCUGCAAUAACUUUAAAACUGAGGUUUUACAGUUAAAUGUGGAAUCUGAGUCAUAAUAACUUAAAUAAGGGAACUGUUUUUAGCUCCUGAGAAACAUGCAUUCACAGUUUGUAUGAAAUGUGAGACUGCUAAUGAAGACGCUUAUUUUAGACUUUUUUGUUAUUGUUGCUUGUAUGAAGAGUUCAUAUCUUAGUAUUUAAUCAUAUCUUGUACACAAAAAGCAAACUUAGAAAUGCAAGGGCCAUCAAUAUGGAAAUAUUUCUAUGCCUUACCAAAGACCUACCCUCCUGACAUGUGGUUUAUGUUUUGCUUUUAUAUAUUUGAUGUAUUUGUGUCCAUAUGUGGGAACUUUUGAUCUGUCACAUUUAGUUACAAGUGCAAUACCCCUUCAUCCUGUGAAAGUACUGUCGAUUGUGUGUAUUGUGUGUAUGUUAUUUCAGCACUUUCUGAGAAGACUAUAUGCUGUAAAACCUUUUAAAAAACCCUUAAGGACAUAUCAGCAUGUAUUUAGACAUCUGUUACAUUAAAGCUAGCAUUAUCCUACCUCUA